GUGCCAGGUGGAUCAAACCCGAAGUUCAUCAAUAGUUUUUGAUUCUGUGAUUGGCCUUCCGUGCUCCGGCAUCCUGUAUUACGGCAUCAAGUCUUCAGGAAGUGUGGGGCGCACCUUCCCUUCUCCCAUGUCGCGCGGAGCUUGCUGUUUUCGUGUCAACAUUAAGUCAACAUAGGAAGUGAGACAGAUAUUCUCAAGUCAAUUUAUCCGAGCUUCUGUUCACCCUCCAUAGUUACCUGACUAUCUUGAACCUGCGUCUUCCUUCUCAGAUAAAUCUUCUCAUUAAUUCUUCCUUUGGUUGGAUUGAAAGCCAAUACCUAUCUUUCACCAUGAACAUCUUCAGGUUAGCAGCCGAUUUCUCUCAUCUCGCAUCUAUCUUUAUUCUUUUGCAGAAAAUGAAGUCGUCGAGUAGCUGCUCGGGACUAUCAUUUAAAUCUCAGGUUCUAUACCUAAUGGUUUUCAUCACGCGAUAUCUUGAUUUGUUUUGGGCUUUUACGGACUCCCUCUACAAUACAACUUUCAAAAUCUUGUUCAUAGGCUCUUCAGCUUAUAUCAUUUAUCUCAUGCUCACCGAGUACAAGCCCACGCAUGAUCCGAACCUCGAUACCUUCAAGGUGCAAUAUCUUCUCUGUUUCAGUACCCUUUUGGCUUUGUUGUUUCCCCACGACUACACCAUCUCAGAGAUUCUUUGGACGUUUUCCAUAUGGUUAGAAUCAGUAGCUAUUCUUCCGCAACUUUUCAUGCUUCAGCGCACCGGAGAAGCAGACACCAUAACAACACACUAUCUUUUUGCGCUAGGCCUUUACCGCGCUCUUUACAUCCCCAAUUGGAUCUACAGGUAUUAUGCUGAACGUCACUUUCACUCUAUUCCAGUCAUUGCUGGCAUCGUACAAACACUGCUAUAUUCGGAUUUCUUCUAUAUCUACUAUACCAAGGUGAUGAAGGGUAAAAAGUUCUCACUCCCGGUCUAAGCCAGGUUGUAGCGUGGUAUACUUUGACUCACAAACGAGAUAAGGCUACUCGAUCUGCGGAGUUUCAUUUGACUUUACUCUAACAGAGAACCACAUUAUCAUUGAUCAGCAGGACAAUGUUUGAUGCUGUCUUUCCCUUUCCUUUCGAUCAUGCUUUUCAGCAUCCAAUACAUUUUGAGAAUUUGUCACGAAAUAUGUAUUCGUCGUUGCCUAAUCCUGGUGGUCAAUCUGUAUUAUAGUUGGAAAACUCUAGACUUCUAUUCUCAAAGGGUGGCACUGUUAAAAGAAUCUUUAAAACAAGGUCCUCUACUCAAUUCACAAACGAGU